GUCACUGUGUGGUUAUCUUCCGCGUGGAAUAAACUGUUAGUAUUCACAUUAAGAGCUUAACUGAAGCUAACCGUCCUCCAGCAGCAGCCAACAUGUUACGAACGGGUCUCCUGAAAACGCUGUCAUCCCGAGCAGCGCUGAGACGGCGGCUCGAUCCCUAAACGCCCGGAUGAGAGCAGCAGGCGACGUUCAGGGCAAUAUGGUCGCGUGAGUCGUGGACAACCAUUCCAUUCCAUUCCGGGUGGUUGUGGGCAAACGACGACGACAGCCACUGCUGGAAUCUGUGACAUUUUCGACGCGACCCACGGAGAGCGGUUCUGGGAAAAUACACAGGCAGCGAUAGAGGCGUGGAGGCGGAGAGGAACGGCACAUUUCCCCCCUCUUUCUGCGGUGUCCUAUUUCGUUGCAGGUGUCUGACGGCCCACUGUGUGCAGCACUGGUUCUGGUGCUCCCGUGCCUCUGUUAUCUCCAGUGGAUACCGGUGGAGCAGGGAGGCGAAGCACUGAGACACUUCCUUCUGGUGAAGGGUCGCGCGGACAGGCCGCCUCACACUACGCUAUGGAAUGCUCCCCGCACCCACCAUCACUAGUCUCCAAUCUCUGGACUGAGCUCCAAACACUUAGUUAGCGGCUGGGCUUCUCCCCUCGAACUCUUUACAAACAGGGGACGAAGAAAAAAAAGGAGUGGACUUGGCUUAAGUCCUCCGCUAAAAGCGGACAAAGCUCUUUUAAAUUUCUUUUUUUAUUUGAGCUAUUUUUAUUUUCUCCUCUUGGAUAAAAAAAAUAAAUCUAUAUAUAUCAAGAUGGAUAUGGAGGGGUAUCUGUGGAUGGUCAUCCUUGGCUUCAUCAUCGCCUUCGUGCUGGCCUUCUCAGUGGGCGCCAACGACGUGGCCAACUCCUUCGGCACAGCGGUGGGCUCCGGCGUGGUCACGCUGAAGCAGGCGUGCAUCCUGGCGUCUAUCUUCGAGACGCUGGGCUCCAUGCUGCUGGGGGCCAAGGUCGGGGAGACCAUCCGGAAGGGCAUCAUAGACGUCAGCCUGUACAAUGAGACGGUGCCCGUGCUCAUGGCAGGGGAGGUCAGCGCCAUGUUCGGGUCGGCCGUCUGGCAGCUGAUCGCCUCCUUCCUCAAGCUGCCCAUCUCCGGGACUCACUGCAUCGUCGGCGCCACCAUCGGCUUCUCCAUGGUGGCCAUCGGCACCAAGGGCGUGCAGUGGAUGCAGCUCGUCAAGAUCGUGUCCUCGUGGUUCAUCUCCCCUUUGCUCUCUGGACUCAUGUCUGGAAUCCUCUUCUUGCUCAUCAGACACUUCAUCCUCAACAAGGAUGAUUCCGUCCCCAAUGGCCUGCGAGCGCUGCCCGUCUUCUACGCCUCCACCAUCGGGAUCAACACGUUCUCCAUCAUGUACACUGGAGCCCCGCUGCUCGGGUUGGAGAUGCUACCGGUGUGGGCCAUCUUCCUCAUCACUUUAGCUGAGUCGCUGAUCUGUGCAGCUCUGGUCUGGUUUUUGGUCUGUCCCUGGAUGAGGAGGAAAAUAGCAAGUCGCCUAAAAAAGGAGCAGGCCCUCUCCAGGAUCUCCGACGAGAGCCUGGACAAGAUCCCCGAAGAGGAGGAGGAGAGCCCUGUCUUCAAGGAGCUGCCGGGGGCCAAGGGCACAGACGAGGCCGUGCUGCCGCUCACGGGGGGCAGUGGCGAACGGAGCGCACGCGAGUUCAGCGGCGAUUUUGCCAACCUGUCCAAUGGAGGCAACGUCCUGCCCAAUGGCAGGGUGUACGGCCGGACCAACUCGAUGACCAACGGCUGCCUCAAGUCGCCCAUCUCCAACGGCAACUUCAGCUUCGACAGCGGCCACGUGCGCAGCGACGGCCAGGUAUACCACACCGUGCACAAGGACUCAGGCCUGUACAAGGACCUGCUCCACAAGAUCCACCUGGGCCGCAUGGACGACAGCGACCGCUCGGGCUCCAACUCCGGCCAGCCUGACAACAACUACCGCCUGCUGCGGCGCAACAACAGCUACACCUGCUACACGGCGGCCAUAUGCGGCAUGCCCGUGCAGCCGCUCGUCCGUUCAGAGUCCCGCGACGACAGCGAGAAGCUGGUGGGGGAGGUGGGCGGCCGGAGCAACAGCGUGUCCUACACCAAGAAGCGGGUGCGCUACGACAGCUACUCGUCGUACUGCAACGCUGUGGCGGAAGCGGAGAUCGAGGCAGAUGAGGGCGGGGUGGAGAUGAAGCUGGCCACAGACCUGGGGGGGGUGGACGAGGACGGAGCCCCGGCUCCCGUACCUCUGGACGACUUAGCCGAGGAGGAUAGCGAGGAGAAGGACAAGCCUGAGGUCUUCCUGCUCUUUCACUUCCUACAGAUCCUCACCGCCUGCUUCGGCUCCUUCGCCCACGGAGGCAACGAUGUCAGUAACGCCAUCGGGCCCCUGGUGGCGCUGUGGAUGAUCUACGACCAGGGCGGCGUGAUGCAGGACGCCGACACCCCCCUCUGGCUGCUGUUUUACGGCGGGAUCGGCAUCUGUGCCGGCCUGUGGGUGUGGGGCCGCCGCGUCAUCCAGACCAUGGGGAAGGACCUAACUCCUAUCACCCCCUCAAGUGGAUUCACUAUUGAACUGGCCUCUGCACUCACAGUGGUGUUUGCUUCCAAUAUCGGAAUCCCUGUCAGUACCACGCACUGCAAGGUGGGCUCGGUCGUGGCCGUGGGUUGGAUCCGCUCCAAGAAAGCGGUGGACUGGCACCUCUUCAGGAACAUCUUCCUGGCGUGGUUCGUCACGGUACCCGUGGCCGGCCUGUUCAGCGCCGCCGUCAUGGCCGUGUUUGUCUACGGAAUCCUGCCCUUCGUCUGAGGGACGCACGGCUGGGAGGAGGAGGAGGAGGAGGAGGAAGGAAGGAAGAAGAAAGAAGAAGAAGAAGAAGAAGAAGAAGAAGAGAGAGACACUCGGGUAAAAAAAAAAAAAUUUAAUCCAAGCUUGAGUGUCAGAGGUACAGAAAACGGAGGAGGAAGACGAAGUGAGGGAAUGGGUGAGGGAGGAGAGAGGAGGUUUGCAGACAGACUGGAUCGUACGGUGGAUGUGAGGAGGGUUGGCUCCGUAGUCCAGAGAUCUCUUUGCCUCACUUGGGUUAGCUGAUCGGUUCCUAUUUAUUCUCUUCAUAAGAAAGUGAGCCGCCAACGUGUUUCACCCUCCAUUCAAUCGGCUGCGACAACCAUGGGGAGGUUUCCAGUAACUCUUUUCUGUCUCGUCAUAAAAAAAUGUAAAAACCUUAAACAAAAUCACGAGUUUAAAAGAAAACACAAAACAAAGACUGCGCACGGAAACUGCAGUAAAACUGUAAUCGUUCUACCAACAACCCCGCGUAUUGUAGUCGGUCAAGUGCUCAUUAUUACUGUUCCAAAAUGCCAGAAAAAACAAACCCUGUACAUAUUGUUGUAUCGGAUUUAGUGUGAUUUGUUGUAUUGCGGCUUGCUUUAAAGUAAAAAACAAAACCAAUCCAUCGAUCGUCUCACUUUGAACACGCUAGCCAGGGCCAAACGGAAAGGACGCCUCAGAGAGAGUGGUGGUGGGACUGUCACUCUGCUAUUUCUUUGUUUUUUUGUUCACAUGAUACGACAGAAACCUGAUUUGCUAAAGGAGUUGAUUUUUCUUUGGCUUGUAUGUUUUUAGAAAUGGAUCUCAUAUUUUUUAAUGAUGUAAUAUACUGUAAUUUGUACUGUAAAUACUGUCCGUAUAGAGUUUUGGGGGAGGUUUCACGGUUGUUAACGUAGUAAGGGAGGGAGGGAGGGGCGGGCUCUUCAUGAUGUCAUAUUAUACAGUGUGUUUCAUCCCAGAGUACACACACACAGGUCGUUUUUCCAGAAACGGUUUGCAGAAGUGUAUUAAUUUAAAAAAUGUAACAUUUAAAAACGGUAUUUAACUGUAAAUUAAUGAAUCCAUUCUCAGCAGGGAAAAGUGGGGACAUUUCAUUACUUCUGAUUGUAGUCGCAUCAGGAAAUUCAACAGUAUUGGCUGAGAGUUCUUCAGUUCAAGGUUUCCCUCUUUAAAGAUAUUCAAAAGAUAUUUCGAGCAGAAUGAGUUUUAACCACCACAGAGACAAAGAAACACCCAACAAGGUUGCGUAAAAAGUUGACAUAUCUUCAUCCGUUUGGCUUUUAGUUUGUAGCCAACGACGGUCUAGGAGGCUUCUGUAGCCCUGAGCCUCUCUGUCACGUCAGACGUCAUUACCAAACGCAUUACCAAAACUCAGCCAGUUAAUGCAGAGGUGGAAAGAGAGGGGAUUCGAACCCCUGGCCCACACGUGUAGCUCCUCAAAAUGGGCCGGUUGUAGUUUUUGGAAUUGUAGAAGCGUUUUAGUCUGAUGAUGGUAAGGGAGAUAUUAUGGGGUCGGGGGGGGGGGGGGGGGGGUCCGAAAUAUCACAGACUUUUUGUCUUCGGAUCAUUAUUUUUAAAUGAAGCGGGUAUCAGGAGCGUUAAUACCGAUCAUCACCAGCUUUUUAACAAGGUCACCUGACCUGUAGAAGAACAAAGUCUAAAGCGUUUUUUUUCUUUUUUAUUUGAACAAACCAUACCAGGUGUUGCAAGGUCUCUUUUUUGUUUGUUCUUUUGUUCUUCUUGUGGUUGUGUUUUCCUAAUUUUCCUUUUGAACAAAUCUAUGCUUAAGUAGCCACUUGCCUUGUAACAUUGUUUUACUUUGUGCAGAUACGGUCAAAUAAUGAAGUACUGUGGUGUUUACAUGGUAACCAUAUUGUAGAGUAUCUGGAAUUAAUAAAAACCGUUGCCUAAUGAUGCCAAUGAAAGACGGAACUAUUAACCAUGAAUUUAUUUUGUGCAAGUAAAAUAAGAAACAUAAAUAGCCUGAAGUGUCUAGAGCGUGAGAGAAGUGUGAUGAAUUGUUGUUGUUGUUGAUGAUGUUGUAGUAAAAGUAGUUCUAAUCAUGACCCCUGUCACUUUACACUGCUACUACAAUGUGAUGAAACUACAUGUUCAGUAAUGGAGAGAAUGACUGGAGAAAUAUCAUCAAGACUAUAUAUUUUUCUACCAUAUCUGAGUUUUAACCCGAGCGGGCUUCCGGAACACUGUGGAGCACAUGUCGUGGGGGGGGGGGUCGGAGAACAGGGACUAGUUUGGUAUUGGAGCCCCAGGAACAUCUGCCACGCUUCCUCUCGAGCCCGGUAGUUGGACGUGCCAGUUGCCAAUUGAUCGGAAUUUUUAAAAUUACCAAUUCAAUUAUUUUAUUAUUUUUAAAUUUUUUA